UAACCUUGUUUUAAUCUUUAAGCCGUAAGAUAUUGACCAAUCAUAGUUGAUUAUUUUUAAAAUAAUCGACUGUGGUUGGUCAAAGCAAGGGGAUAGUGAUACGAACUUAAGGAGAACAAAAGAAGAAAAUAACGUCUUCCUUAUCUUGUUUCUUCGUAUAUUAAUGGUUUAAUGUAUCCUUGCUUUUUGUACUUUUGGCCAAUGAGGACAGAUUCGCAUUACCGAGCGUUGAACGAUUGAAAGUUUUUCUAGCGGGCAACAAGCCAUUCGUAUCGUCUACGAGACGGGAACACAGCAAGAUGAAAUUUCUAAAUCAGUCAGAAGCUAUUGACAUCGAUAACGCUUUGGUUGGAAAAUAUCGGUUCAGCGUUGAUCAGCUGAUUGAAAUGGCUGGUCUGAGUUGUGCCCUCGCGGUAAAAGAUUUUCACUAUCCGGUAUGUACGGCACCUAAUAAAGUUCUGGUUCUUUGUGGACCGGGAAACAAUGGCGGUGACGGUCUCGUCUGUGCGAGACACAUGAAGUCCUUCGGAUAUUCACCGGAAAUUUAUUAUCCGAAAAAGUCAAGUAAUGAAUUGUACGAAAGACUGGUGCAACAAUGCGUCGAUCAUGACAUUCCCAUACUGGAGAAUUCGUGCUUAGAAGCGGCGACAGCGGACUCCACAUUUUUACAAAAAUACAUGCUCAUAAUAGACGCCUUGUUUGGAAUUAAUUUCAAGCCGCCAGUGCGACAGUCGUUUGCUCACAUUAUUAACAUGCUAAAGAACACAACUGUGCCUAUCUGUAGCAUAGACAUACCUUCAGGCUGGGAUGUCGAAAAUGGUCCACCACAGGAAGGUGGUAUAAAGCCAGAGAUAUUGAUAUCCAUGUUAUCGCCAAAGAUGUGCGCCUCUCAUUUCAAGGGAAAAGCUCAUUAUCUGGGCCAUCUAUUUGUACCUAAGAAAUUGGACAUGGAAUAUAAACUUGGUUUGCCCAAAAUUAAUUCAGAACUUCUUAUUAUUAAGUUGGAGAAUAAUCAAAAGGACCUCUAAGAACUGUAUUGAAGUACAUCACUGUACUAAUUUCAGCCUUUUGAAUAUUUAAAAUAUUAAGAUAUACUUCUUAUCAUGAUCCAUACAGCAGCAAUGUUUAAAAGAUAUCUGAGAGACAUUUCUCUCUCUCUCCCCCUCCCACCCUACUUGUUUUGGAUGUCUUUAGAAUACCUCUAAGAUGUAUUUUAAACAUUUGUGUUGUCUGGAAAAUCGAUAUAUAUAAGUAUCAUAUAAGGUAUGGUGUACAUAAUUCUAUAUUGUUGAGCAAGAAAUUUUUACAAUUUUAGAAAUAAACAGUGAUAUAAUAUUA